UUACACUAACCGAUUCAAAAUAUUCCCACUGUUUGAAAUCACAACCGUUUUCCCUCCAAAACCUCUCCAUCUUCCUCUGUCUGAAAAAUUCUUCAUCAUCUCUCAAUAAACGCCCAAAUUUCCCGGUAAUUUUUAAAUUCCGGCAACAAAGAAUGAAAAUAGCAGAGAUAAACUCGCCGGACCACCGGCAACACGACACAGUUUCACUCGUCCUCCAACAAAUCGAAUCGCUCGUCAAACAAUCCGAGCUUCUCUCUCCUCAAACUUCUUCUUUACCUUCCACUCUCUCUCCUCAGCUUCGGCAAUGUCUGGCUCAGCUGACUCAACUCGCUCCUUCCUCUUUUUCCAAAACGGUCAAGCUUCAGCUAUGGAAGCUCAGCUACCGUCUCUGGAACUCCUGCGUCGAUCUUACAAAUGCCGGCGUAAAAGGACACGUGGAGCUUCGUCAUGCCGCCGCUGAUAUUCUCGCCAUCGCCGGUGAUGUCGCUGGAAUUCCUUCCCCGGCGAUGAAGGCCGCUUCGUUCUAUUAUAAGACCGGUUUGAUUUGGCAUGAGAUGAGACACUUUGAUUUGGCGAAUGAUUGCUACGAGAAGGCGACGGAUCUUGUUGCGAAGGUGGAAAUCAAUUCGAUUUCUGACCUAGGAGAGAGAAAAUUGUUGCUCGAUCUUAACAUUGCUAGGUCGAGAACUGCGUGGGAGGUUUCGGAUCGAAACGUUUCGAUCACGCUGUUGAAUCGCUCGAAGAAAUUCCUCUUUGAAACGGCGGAGAAUUUUCGGAUACUUGCGGAGCAGUACUUGGUAUUUGGGAAGGCGCUGUUGACGAAAAGCGGAAUUUCGGAGGCGAACGAAGCGUUGAAGCUGUUGAACGAGGGUUUGGAGUUGUGCGAGAGAGGGCUCAGAGUGGUGAAGAAGACAGAGGAAACGCUGAUUUUGAAGUCUUUGCGGGAUAAAACGCUGCGUUUCAUUGCUGCUUUGCAUUUGCAGAGGGAAGAGUUUGAGAGUGUGGUUAAGUGUGUGAGGGUUUUAAGAGAAUAUAGUGGUCUGAAAAGCGGCGAUCAGCACCCGAGUUUGAGUGUGUUAGCAAUGAAGGCAUGGCUGGGAUUAGGGAGGUUCAGUGAGGCAGAGAAAGAGCUCAGGGAUAUGGUUGUUAAUAAGGGGAUUCCGGAGGCUGUUUGGGUUUCAGCCGUGGAGGCGUAUUUUAAGGGGGUUGGUGUGGCUGGAGUUGAGACGGUGAAAAGUAUUUUUUUAGGGCUGUUAGGGAGGUGCCAAGUCAGUGCUAGUGCAGCGGUUCGUGUGAUUUAUAAGGUGAUAGGGGAGGGUGGUGGUGGUGCUAGUGGCGGGGAAGGGUUAAGGAUUAGAGAAAUAAUGGCGGAGGAGUUGGUGUGUGAUGAGAGGGUGGUGACACUUUUUGCUGGGGAGGCAGCUGCAAAGGAUAGAACAGCCUUACAUGCUGUCCUGUGGAAUUGUGCUGCAGCUCAUUUUCGGUCAAAGGACUAUGAGAUUAGUGCAGGAUUAUUUGAAAAGGCUAUGCUCUAUGUACCCAGUGGCAUCGAGAGCAGAAUUCUACGAGCAAAGGGAUACAGAGUUUUGUGUUUAUGCCACUUAGGUCUGUCUCAACUUGAUCAAGCUAAGGAAUACAUUGAUGAAGCAGAAAAGCUUGAGCCAAACAUAGGCUGUGCAUUCCUGAAGUUCAAGAUAUACUUGCAAAAGAAUGAUCAAGCUGCUGCCAUAACUCAGAUGAAAGCUAUGAUGGGCUGUACUGACUUCACUACCGAAUUCCUUUCAGUUGCAGCACAUGAAGCUGUUGCAUGUCGUGCACUUCCAGUUGCUGUAUCCUCUUUACAUGACCUCCUCAACUUCUACACAUCAGGAAAACCAAUGCCAAUCCCUGAAGUAGUUGUGCUUCGCACCAUUCUUGUAAUCCUUAUUCAAGAAUCUGGUCAUGAGCUUGAUGUCCUGUCAUAUAUGAAGAAAGCCCAAGCUAGGAUGACUGAGCUAGGGCCUGAAAAUUUCUUUGGCAGAGGUGAGGUUGGAAGGCGAGAACAAAACUGGUUUGCAACAAAUGCAUGGAAUGUUGGGACACGAGUAGGUGUGGAAGAAAACUUUGAAUUAUGUGCAGAACUUUUUAGUUUGGCAGCUGAAUUUUAUGAUGUUAAGACUGAUGGGGAAGCAGUGGGGAACAACACGAUGGUUUGCAAAUCAAUGGUGUUGGCUGUUACUGCCAUGGUUGGCACUGAGAAGCAAAAGAAGGUUGCAAUAUUGGACACACAAGCUAGGAGAGCCAUAGAACUGCUAGAUAGAGUUGGAAAGUUAAUGGAAGCAUUGUCAACCACAGAUAAAAUAGCAGGCGGUCAAGAAAGCAGUCUCAACCCAGAUUUCCAACUUGCAUACAUGUUGAAUGCAUUUGAACUAUACGGAAGGAGUAAAGAUUCAAGAUCCCAACACCUUCUUGUGAAGAAUUAUGUCAACUCAAAAGUCUGCAACCCAAAUCAUCUUCUUCAAAUAGGGCUUACUUUCUCACAAGGUUCCCAGUUUAAUGCAGAAGUAGCAACCACCACUCUCAAUGCUUGCCUCUCUUCUCUGCUUUCUUCUCCUCGACCAGACUAUACCUCAGUGGCUAUAGUAAUAAGACGGCUGAUUAUUAUAGCUGUUGUUUUCAAGGGUGAUGCAGAUGAUGAGGUUGUGUAUAAUCUAUAUAAACAGGCACAGAGAAUUAUGGUGGGGCUUAGAGAUGGUGAGUACCCUGUUACAGAGGGGAAAUGGCUUGCUACCACAGCUUGGAAUAGGGCAGCAGUUCCUGUGAGGCUUAGGUUGGUUGAUGGGGCAAGGAAAUGGAUGAGUAUGGGGUUAGAAUUUGCGAAGAAGAUCCCAGGAAUGGAUACUUAUAAGGCGUGUAUGGAAGAUUUUAUUGCUGGUUUUGAGAAGAAAGUUGAAGAAGAUGAUGAAAAGAGGAGCAAGCUAACUAGCUGAAUGGCAAAAAUAUCAUGAAGAUGUGCUGAAGUAGAUAUUGUGUACAGAUAGGGGAACCAGAACAUUACAGGACAGAAGAAAAAAGGUUAGAGAACUGCAAAACCAGAAUCUGAAUUUUUAUAUCAUGAUAUUUCUUGAUUAGAAAAGUUUCUGUGUAGAAAAUGCAGGAUCUGUA